UCGGACGUUUUUUUGGGCAAAUUUUAGAAAAACCACGCCCACUACGGGUUUUCGUAUAAAUAGCCCAGUCCAAGUUUUUUAGCAAGAAAAUUUCGAGUGUCUCAUCAGAAGCUAUGCUAGUUUACAUAGUUUUGCGACUUGGAGAACGGGAACAUUGAUAUCGUCAUCGCUCCUGUAAAACUAACACUAGGAAUCAAUCAGGCACUUGCAUAGUGAAAUGAACCCUGAUUUUUCCACAGAGCCGUUUUUCUAUGCAUUGUUUUCCUUCUUUUCAAUCAGCUUCAGAUGGGUACUACGUAAACAUCAUCCAGAACUACGCGAUUAAUCGAGCAUUAGAAUCAGGAAAACGGCUACAUGCCCACUUAAUCAUCAAUGGGUUAGUUCGAUCCACCCACAUUGCCUCAAAGCUCAUAGAUUUCUACAUUCAAUGCCGUCAAAUACAUCAUGCACGCAAGGUGUUCGAUGAAAUACCGCAAAGAAACACUCGUAGUUGGACUGUUUUGGUAAGCGUAUACGCGCGCCAUGGGUUCCACCAGGAGGCUAUGGGCGUGUUCUGUGAGAUGCAAAGAGAAGGAUUGGAACCCAACAAGUUCGUUUUACCGAGUGUUUUGAAGGUGUGUGGGCACCUGUCGGAUCGACGAACAGGGGAGAAGUUACAUGCUAUUGUUGUGAAACAAGAAUUACAAUCCGAUGUGUUUAUUAGUAGUGCGUUGAUUGAUAUGUAUUCGAAAUGCGGGAGGAUUGAGAAUGCGAGGAGGGUCUUUGAUUUAAUGGUGGAAAUCGAUUUAGUGGCUGUGAACACCAUGGUUGCAGGGUGUGUUCAACAUGGAAUGGUGAACGAGGCGUUAACAUUAGUCGAAGAAACGCGGUCCACGGGAAUAACGCCAGAUUUGGUGACGUGGAAUACGCUUAUCGCAGGUUUUUCUCAAGCCAACGACAAUUCAACAGUCACUAAACUUUUCCAGUUAAUGCAAGAAGGCGGGAUUGAUCCUGAUGUCGUUUCUUGGACGUCAAUCAUCUCGGGAUUCGUUCAAAACUUACAAAAUCACAAAGCGUUUGAUUCGUUCAAGAAAAUGUUGGCUGCUGGUGUGCAUCCAACUUCGGCUACAAUUAGUUCUCUUUUACCUGCUUGUGCAAACCUUGCAGAUUCGAUUCACGGGAAAGAAAUUCAUGGAUAUUCAGUAGUGACCGGAGUGGAGAAAGAUGUAUUUGUUUGCAGCGCGCUUAUAGACAUGUAUGCUAAAUGCGGCUUCAUACACGAAGCAAAAACGCUCUUCAACAACAUGCCUGAAAGAAACACAAUCACUUGGAACUCAAUGAUUUUCGGCUUUGCAAAUCACGGGUAUUGCAACAAAGCAAUAACACUAUUCAAUCAAAUGGUUGACGAAAAAGUCAAACUCGAUCAUCUAACUUUCACAGCGGUUUUGACAGCUUGUAGCCAGUCUGGGAUGGUUGAUUUUGGUAAAAAGAUUUUCUUGAUAAUGCAAGAGAAAUUCAAGAUUAAACCGAGAUUAGAGCAUUAUGCUUGCAUGGUGCAUUUGUUGGGUCAAGAAGGGAAACUCACCGAGGCUCAUGAACUGAUUCAAGAAAUGCCAAUUGAGCCCGACUUGUUUGUGUGGGGUGCGUUUUUGGGUGCGUGUAAGCUUCAUGGGAACGUUGGUCUAGCCCAGAUGGCUGCGAAACAUGUAGCCAAGCUCGAGCCUGAGAGUGCGGGAAGCAGUUUAUUGUUGUCGAGUUUGUAUGCGGAUGUUGGUAGUUGGGGAUAUUCGGCUAGAGUCAAACAUAAAAUGAAGAAAAUGAAGCUGAAAACACUUAAAGGAAGUAGUUGGAUUGGAAGUGCAUAAUCAGUUUGUCUAUAUAACAUACAUUAUGCUUUAAUAUGUUAUGUAUAAGUAAGGAUUAAAGAAAGUCUGGUUUGACCCGACCUAGACACGAUUGUUGGGUUCUAAUAUUA